AUGACGUCCACCGUCGAGCCUCCCCAGUCCAACCGCUGGUUCGCCGUCCCGCGCCCCAUCCAAUACCUCUUCAACCACUUCCCCCUCCACGUCUACGGGCCCGAAGAUCUCCCCGUGCGAUCCCCCGCCAGCGUGCGCCAGCGGCCGGCGCUGUAUGUCUUUGUGGCCGAAGAGGAUGCUGUGCUGGGUAGGCCGAGCUACAACCCUUCGUGCUUGAAGUGGCAGACAGUGUUAAAGAUUGCUGGUGUCGAGUUUGAUAUUGUACCUUCGAACAACCACGCUUCACCCUCGGGCGCAUUGCCUUUCUUAUUACCAUCUUCGCCGCAAACACCAAAACCCCUCGCCGGCCAAAAGAUUCACAAAUAUGCCCUUGAGCACGCCGCUCGGGAGCUACCCAAGAUAUCGUCACCCCGCCUAGAAGCCUACCAAGCUCUCCUCACACAAAACAUCCGUCCAGCAUGGCUUUACGCUCUCUAUCUCCUUCCCGCCAACGCCCCUCUCCUCAAGAGUCUUUACCUUCCUUCCUCGAUCCUCCUCCGCACACCUCUCCACCAGACUCUACACGCCGCAGCAACCGCUGAGAUUCUCAAGACAACCCGACGCGCAACUAUUUCACCUUCUCAGAUUUUCGACGAUGCCAGAACUGCGCUGGGAGCCCUCUCCGCUUUACUAGGAGACGAUAAAUGGUUUUUUGGCGCUGAGGGGCCAGGAUUGUUCGAUGCAGAUACAUUUGCCUACACGUAUUUGAUGGACGGAGAUACACUUGUCUGGGCCGACAGCUCAUUAAAUGAGUCCCUGGAAGGCCUGGAGAAUUUGAAGAAACACAGACAACGAUUGUACAAGCAUUGCUGGGGGGUGGAUAAGUCCUGA